GGGCCUCGCUCCUGGAAGUGACGGUUGAUGGGAAUUUGCGCGCCAAAAAGGGCUGCGCUUGUUGACACAAACCCGGCGGUUGAUAUGCGCUGUGUUAAAACUCGCAAGGUUUCAUGAAACACCGCCCCUCACCCCACGUUUUGCUAAUCCCCCUUGACUCCUCCUCCUCCUCCCCUCUUGACACGCCGUGGAGGGGGUGAAGGGGAAAACAUCCCGGAGGAGAGAAAUCUGAGUGUAUUCACAGGGUGAAAAAGCAAACACAACAUCCCGGUUGGGACCUGAGUGAAGUGUGAGUGUGUGAGAGAGAGUGGAGACAGGAAGCUUCAUGAUGCUUGGCUCUGAGGCUGCAGAGGAGGCAGCGUCCAGUGGGGUCCACAUGCAGAAAGAUUGCAGCCUGCACACACGUGCCAGGGGUGAUGCAGUAUCAUGCAAAAAACGAGAGGACUAUCUUGAGUGGUCAGAGUAUUUUAUGGCAGUUGCUUUUCUGUCAGCGCAGAGGAGCAAGGACCCAAACUCGCAGGUUGGGGCUUGCAUCGUGAACCCUGAAAACAAAAUAGUCGGUAUAGGAUAUAAUGGAAUGCCAAAUGGAUGCAGCGAUGAUAUUUUACCUUGGGCAAGAACUGCCUCAGAUAAAUUGGAUACAAAAUACAUGUAUGUUUGUCACGCUGAAUUAAAUGCAAUUCUGAACAAGAACUCUGCUGACGUUAAGGGAUGUACGAUGUAUGUGGCCUUGUUCCCAUGUAAUGAAUGUGCUAAACUCAUCAUUCAGUCAGGCAUAAGUAAAGUUACUUACAUGUCAGAUAAGUACCGUGACAUGCCAGAAAUGAAGGCCUCAAAGCUAAUGUUGGACAUGGCUGGUGUACAAUGCAGCAAAUUUAUUCCAAAGAAUAAAACAAUUACCAUUGAUUUUGAGUCAAUAAACAAAAGUGGAAGUUGUUUAGAAAUCAGCCCGAGUGCCUCAACAACAUUGGCCUGAAGCUGCAUCAUGGAAAAUCUCAUUUACUACUUCCAUACUUUCCAAGUCUCUUUUUUUUGUACUUGUCAUUCAAGCAAAUGACCUGCAAACUGUUGGCAGCCUGUUUUCUAAACAGUGGAAGUUAACUAAUUAAUGUAUUUUAAGCACUGUGCAAAGUUUUUUGUUGUUAGAAUUAACAGUGAGCUGCUUCAGCUUGCCCUGUGUAUGCAUUUACUUAAUUAUAUAUAUGUAAAAUAUAAAAUCUUUGGUAAGGAACUACAGAAUGAAUGAAUGACUGUGAUGGCAGGGAACUUUAAGUCAUGAGUCACUAGCAAUCUUAUUUCUGGUGGAAUUGCAGAAUAUGGAAUGAUGCCGCGGCUUUCCUCAGAGUUCCGUUUCAGUUUUGUCAGAUUUACCUGGCUUCCUGAACACACACACACACAGUGUUUGUUUCUGCCCUCUUAAUAAUCAGUCGACUGGUUCAAGAGCAAAUCCCUCCCUGAUCUGCCUAUCCUGUGGUUGGCACAGUCUGUCACAGUUUGUAAUCUGCUGAGGUAGGCAGAUGCCUGAGGGUUCCUCCCUGUGUGGGAACCCACCUGGAACAUUUUUAAAUGUGACCUCUUGUCAAGUCUGCGAACUUGGUUGGUCACUCCAUGCCCGAGGUUAUAUUAGGGAUGGUCAUUCAUGUUUCCUUGGAUUUAUUCUGGCUUCCUGACAAGGUUGUGAGAGAGAUUCCAGACAUGACAACAAGUUGGUCAUUUCAAACAGUUAAUGCCUACAGCCAUUUUGCAGUUAAAGGUCCAGUUUACCUUUAAAAGUUCUGUCAAAGAGUACAAAUACAAAUCAUCACUUGAUAUGUUUUUCUGUUUAUUAUUUUUCUCACUCUUCCAGUGAAAGAACUUGUGAUUCUGUUGUUCCAUCAAAGUAAAAUUGUUAGUGGCAAAGAAUUAUAUUUUAUUCCUGCAGCAAAGCCUCCGAUUAAGCAGUGAUGGUUGCAGGAUCUUGCUAUGCACAAUUCAGUGGAGUGAUUGUGCUUCACACGUUUCAGACGAGUUUAAGAAUGGCUUGGAAACAUCCCGAGGACAAGAAAAAUAUACAACAUAAAUGCAAGUUGCUUUUAUUUGAAACUGCGAUAUUUUUUUUUUAGUUUGGAUGUUCGGUUUCUUUUUUAUGCAGUGUGGCAGUAAGAGUUGAGAGGUGCUGCCAGGAACAUAAUUUUACACCUAAAGCCUUUUGAUCAAUUUCUUGCACACCAUAUUACCACCACAGAGACUAUUUCCAUUAUUCACACCUCAGCACCCAUAGUCUUCCAGAAGUGAAUUCCAAAUAUCUCAUACUGUUGUAUAAAGUUGUGCUCCCUGAGUUUGCCCCUAAAUGGCCUGGUCCGAAUUUUAAGGUUACAUCCCCAUGCCCUAGGUUCUGUCACCAGUGAAAGAACUGGUGUCAUGUCCUUUAAACAUAUUAAGCAUCAAGAUUGUAUACUCUCAUCAACCUUUUAUACUGAAAUGAAUGCCAGCCCACCUUUUCCAAUCUGCCCUCAUUAUUAACACUUUAAUUCCCAGUGUCAGUCUAAAUCUAAUUGCAGUCCCUUCCGUCUAGUACUUGUCUGUUUCAUAAUUUUUUCUGUCUAGUCCCCUGACUAUGCCUAUGCACAAAGUUAUGAACCUCUUUGCAUUAAUGUGGGUUUACAAUAAUUCUGUGCCUAUAGGGCAGAAAAGUUGGCAUUAACUCAGCAAUUCAUUCACGAAUCACUGUCACUUGGGAAUGUAUGAGUUCUGCCAUUCAAUAAUAUUGUGGCUGAUCCAAUUGUAACCUCAAUGCCACAACCCUGGCUACCCCAAUAACCUUUCACCACAACACCCACCCCCUCACCAGCUUAUCAAAAUCCAUCUCCUUCUACCUUACACCUGUUCAAAGAUUCUGCUACCACCACCUUUUGUGGUUAGAAAAUGUUUCUCCUCUGGCUACAGUUGAUGCCCCCUUAUUUUUAAGUGGUCACUUGCAGUCCAUUCUACUUGCAUGUUUUCUAUGGAUUGUCCUUUUAAAAAAAAUGUGCAGUUUAAUACACGUUUUAUUCUUCUUAA